AUGGAGACCAAGGACCAGAAGAAACACAGGAAGAAAAACAGUGGGCCCAAAGCUGAGAAGAAAAAGAAACGGCAUCUGCAAGACCUCCAGCUUGGCGAUGAGGAAGAUGCCCGGAAGAGAAACCCCAAAGCUUUUGCGGUCCAGUCCGCCGUGCGGAUGGCUCGAUCCUUUCACAGGACUCAGGAUUUGAAGACAAAAAAGCAUCAUAUUCCAGUGGUUGAUCGAACUCCACUCGAGCCCCCACCAAUAGUGGUGGUGGUGAUGGGGCCUCCAAAAGUUGGCAAGAGCACUUUGAUCCAGUGCCUCAUUCGGAACUUCACCAGGCAGAAGCUAACAGAGAUCCGAGGCCCUGUGACAAUUGUGUCAGGUAAAAAGCGCAGACUCACCAUUAUUGAAUGUGGAUGUGACAUUAACAUGAUGAUUGACCUGGCUAAAGUAGCAGAUUUGGUUCUGAUGCUCAUAGAUGCCAGCUUUGGGUUUGAAAUGGAAACAUUUGAGUUUCUGAACAUCUGUCAAGUACACGGCUUUCCUAAAAUUAUGGGCGUUCUCACUCAUCUAGAUUCCUUCAAGUAUAAUAAGCAGCUGAAGAAGGCGAAGAAGCGAUUGAAACACAGGUUCUGGACAGAAGUCUACCCGGGUGCCAAGCUGUUCUACCUUUCUGGAAUGGUACAUGGAGAAUAUCAAAACCAAGAAAUUCACAAUCUGGGCCGUUUCAUUACAGUUAUGAAGUUUAGGCCUCUGACAUGGCAGACAUCUCACCCUUAUAUCCUGGCAGACAGGAUGGAAGAUUUGACAAACCCAGAAGAUAUCCGAACAAAUGCCAAGUGCGACCGAAAGGUGUCUCUUUAUGGUUAUUUAAGAGGAGCACAUUUGAAAAAUAAAAGCCAAAUUCACAUGCCAGGUGUAGGAGAUUUCGCUGUGAGUGACAUCAGUUUCCUACCAGACCCCUGUGCCCUUCCUGAACAGCAGAAGAAGCGCUGCUUGAAUGAAAAGGAGAAGUUGGUGUAUGCGCCUCUCUCUGGAGUUGGCGGGGUGCUGUAUGACAAAGAUGCUGUCUAUGUCGACCUUGGUGGCAGCCACGGCUUCCAGGAACCGGAUGAGGCAAGUCCCACCCAUGAACUGGUCCAGAGUCUCAUUUCCACCCAUUCCACUAUUGAUGCCAAGAUGGCUUCAAGUAGAGUGACACUUUUUUCUGAUUCCAAACCACUGGGGUCAGAGGAUAUAGAUAAUCAAGGGCUGUGGAUGCCAAAAGAGGAAAAGCAGGUGGAUUUAAAAACUGGUCGAGUACGUCGAAAAGCCAUUUUUGGAGAUGAGGAAGAUGAGUCUGGGGAUAGUGAUCCUGAAGACGAUGAAGAAAUGCCUGAAGGUGACAGGAUGGAAAAUAGUUCUGGUGAUGAAACAGAAGAGGAAGAAGAUGCUGAAGUGACCGGUAAAGUGUACAUGGCUGACAAAGGUGCCAAACGGCAGAGACUUGAGAUGGAAGAAGACAGUGAGAUGGACUUGCCAGCAUUUGCUGACAGUGAUGAUGACCUGGAGAGGAGCUCAGGGGAUGAAGGAGAAGAAGAGGAAGCUGAUGAAAGCAGUGAAGAGGAGGGCUCUGAUGCAGAAGAGAGGGAUAAUUUAGAACCUAAGACUAUAGGAAAAGGCAAUAAAGCAGGUCUUUUACACAGUAAUGGGCUGAGUGACGGUUUGAAUCUGGAGAAGACAAUGAAAAAAGCAGCCCUCACUACUUCAGAUUCUGGUCAUUGCACAGCUGAAGAGGCAUUUGCCUCUGAAGAUGAAUCUGAAGGAAGCUCCUCUCUCAGCACAGAGGAAAAGGACUCAGAAAACGAAGCGCUUGUUAGGAAGAAGUUUCCAAAGCCAUCUCAAGCGGUCAGUGGUCAGAAACGGGCGUCAGAGAGCUUAAUUGAUGAGACCAGUGAUAUAGAAGACUUACUCAAAGAGGAGGAAGAGUACAAGGAAGCAAGCAAUUAUUCCACAGAAACUUCAGGUGCCCUCAAAUGGAAGGAAGACCUUUCUCGGAAGGCAGCUGAGGCCUUCCUGAGGCAGCAACAAGCAACGCCAAAUCUCCAAAAGCUGAUUUAUGGGACAGUGACAGAGGAUAAUGAAGAAGAAGAUGAGGCCGGGGAGGAGCUUGGAGGGUUGUUUCGUGUCAGCCAGCCUGCCCGAGAGUGUAAGUACAAGGCUGACUCUUUGGACUGCUCCCGAUUUCACUUGGAGGUGCCCCAUGAUUGGGAUUUAGAGGAGGUUAUGGACAGUAUCAGAGAUUGCUUUGUGACUGGGAAGUGGGAAGAGGAUAAAGAUGCUGCCAAGAUCUUAGCAGAAGAUGAGGAGCUGUAUGGUGACUUUGAAGACUUGGAAACAGGGGACGUGCACAAGGGAGCAUCAGGCCUGGACACUCAGACUGAAGAUGUAGAGGAAGAAAUUAAGGAAGAAAUUGACUCCUCUGCAGAGGAAAGUGCCAAGAAAAAGCAUUUGGAUAAGAAGAGAAAAUUGAAGGAGAUGUUUGAUGCAGAGUAUGAUGAAGGAGAAAGCACAUACUUUGAUGAUCUUAAAGGAGAAAUGCAUAGACAAGCACAGCUUAACCGAGCAGAAUUUGAAGACCAAGAUGAUGAAGCCAGAGUUCAAUAUGAGGGUUUUCGACCUGGGAUGUAUAUCCGAAUUGAGAUAGAGAAUGUCCCCUGUGAAUUCGUGCUUAACUUUGACCCCCAUUACCCAAUUAUUUUGGGUGGUUUGGGCAAUAGUGAGGGCAGUGUUGGAUAUGUACAGAUGCGUCUGAAGAAACAUCGUUGGUAUAAGAAAAUUCUCAAGUCCCGAGACCCAAUCAUUUUUUCUGUGGGGUGGCGGAGGUUUCAGACCAUCCCACUGUAUUAUAUCGAAGACCACAAUGGAAGACAAAGGCUUCUAAAAUACACCCCUCAGCACAUGCAUUGUGGAGCAGCCUUUUGGGGUCCUAUUACUCCACAAGGAACUGGAUUCUUGGCAGUACAGUUUGUCGAUGGCACAACACCUGAUUUCCGGAUAGCUGCCACAGGAAUUGUUCUUGAUUUGGAUAAAUCCAUAAAAAUUGUGAAGAAAUUAAAGUUAACUGGUUUUCCAUAUAAAAUUUUCAAGAAUACUUCAUUCAUUAAGGGAAUGUUUAAUUCUGCCUUAGAAGUGGCCAAAUUUGAAGGUGCUGUGAUUCGCACUGUCAGUGGAAUAAGGGGGCAGAUCAAGAAAGCGCUCCGAGCUCCUGAAGGCGCUUUCCGGGCCACCUUUGAGGACAAGUUGCUGAUGAGCGAUAUUGUCUUCAUGAGAACUUGGUAUCCUGUCUCCAUUCCAGCCUUCUAUAAUCCAGUAACAUCUUUGUUGAAACCAGUUGGUGAGAAAGAUACCUGGUCAGGAAUGCGGACAACUGGUCAACUCCGGCUCGCCCAUCGUGUCAAACUGAAGGCCAACAAGGAUUCUCUGUAUAAGCCAAUUGUGAGGCAAAAGAAACAUUUUAAUUCACUGCACAUUCCGAAAGCCUUACAGAAGGCCCUGCCCUUUAAGACCAAGCCUAAGACCCAAGCAAAGGCAGGCAAGAUACCCAAGGACAGGCGGAGACCGGCCGUCAUCCGGGAGCCUCAUGAAAGAAAGGUCCUUGCGCUGCUGGAUGCUCUGAGUACAGUGCACAGUCAGAAGAUGAAGAAGGCCAAGGAGCAGCGGCAUCUGCACAAUAAAGAACACUUCAAAGCAAAGCAGAAGGAGGAGGAAGAGAAACUGAAGCGGCAGAAGGACCUCAGGAAGAAGCUCUUUCGAAUUCAGGGUCAGAAAGAAAAAAGAAAUCAGAAGUCCAGCCUGAAGGGGCCUAAGGAGCAGCUGAAAUGA